CUGUUAAUGUCACUGCUAAAGUCACACUUAAAGAGAAAUUUAACUAGAUAAACAGAAUAACAAAAUACAUACUAAAACACUGUAACUGUGACCUUAAUAAAGCCACUAUUAAGAGUCUAAAAACAUUUUUGUCUUAUUUAAUGUCUAAAAGUUUUUGCUGAAUGUUUUACUUGGAAAGUGUGCUAAUGGUGUCUUUAAAAUAAAUGUCACUUGGUUUCACAUGUUGUUUUGUAAUGCAGUGAGAUUCAUGUGUUUGUAAUGGCUUAAGUGUCCAAAUAUAUUUGGGGUCAUUGCAGGCUAGACCACCGCAUAGCAUCAUUUAUCCAGUGACAGGAUACCAAUCUUCUAGAGUUACACCAGAAUUCAGUCAGUAAAUCUACAGAGCUGCUGUGUGAUCACUGUAAGACAUGAGCAGGAUGUUUAAAACACUCAGUGUUCAAUUUUAGAUUUUGUCUGAAGUUCCCCUUUAAAGGCCACACUACACAGUCAUUAGCAGCAAUUUUAAUAUUUUUGAUAUUUAUAUUAUACAGUAUAAGUUUUAGUGUUGAUACUUUUAGUUAAUAUAGAAAUAUAUGUAGUGUAAAUUUCAAUGUGAGUGUAAAUGUUGUGUAAAUAUUAUAAAUACUUAAUACUUUAAUCUGAGACUUAAUACUGAGACAGGGAAAAGCAGUGAAUGAAAAUUUCAGAAGUCAUACAGAAAGAUAAUGAAAGUAUCUGCAGACUGACAGAAAUGUGUUUUUAUUAUUGAGUUAUUAUUACAAUAUUAUUGUUUUUAUUAUUUUGAUGAAAUACAAGUUGCUGCCUCACAGCUCCAGGGUCUCCAGUGUCUGUCUGUGUGGAGUUUCACAUGUUCUCCCCUUGUCCAUUGUUCUACAGAAGGCAGGAGACAGAAGAGAAAUGAUCACCACAGAUACAGGGCAUGACCCAGAAUCUGUGGCUGUAAAUGAAUUCCAGAAAAAGUUCAAAUUAAAUCUGAUGAAGAAGUUUCAGUGUUUGAAUGGAGUGAUAAUAAACCCGGGAACCCAAACCCUCCUGAAUGAGAUCUACACAGAGCUCUACAUCACAGAGGGAGACAGUGGAGAAGUCAAUAAUGAACAUGAGGUGAGGCAGAUCGAGGCAGCAUCCAGGAGAACAACAACAGAGGAAACACCAAUCAAAUGCAACGACAUCUUUAAGCCUUUAUCUGAACAAGAUGAACCCAUCAGAACUGUUCUGACAAAGGGAGUCGCUGGCAUCGGAAAAACAGUCUCUGUGCAGAAGUUCAUUCUGGACUGGGCUGAAGGGGAAGAAAAUCAGGACAUCCACCUCAUAUUUCCACUUCCUUUCAGAGAGCUGAAUUUAAUGAAGGACCAGAAACUGAGUCUGAUGGAGCUCCUUCAGUUCUGUUUUAAGGACAGAAAAGAAGCAGAAAUGUCCAGUUUGGAAAAGGUUCUGUUCAUUUUUGACGGAUUGGAUGAGUGUCGUUUUCCUCUAGAUUUCCAGAACACAGUGAGAGUGUGUGAUGUAACUGAAUCAGCAUCAGUGCCGGUGCUGCUGAUAAACCUGAUUAAAGGGAAUCUGCUUCCCUCUGCUCUCAUCUGGAUCACCUCCCGACCAGCAGCAGCUGAUCAAAUCCCCUCUGAGUGUGUGCAUCGAGUCACAGAGGUACGAGGGUUCAAUGACCCACAGAAGGAGGAGUACUUCAGGAAGAGGAUCAGUGACCAGAGCCUGGCCAAUAACAUCAUCACACACCUGAAGUCAUUAAGAAGCCUCUACAUCAUGUGCCACAUCCCAGUCUUCUGCUGGAUUUCAGCCACUGUUCUAGAGAGAAUGUUGGGUGAAGCAGAGAGUGGAGAGAUCCCCAAGACUCUGACUCAAAUGUACACACACUUCCUCAUCAUUCAGACAAACAUCAUAAGAGAAAAAUACACAAAGAAGCUGGAGAGUGAUGAAGAAAUGCUUCUUAAACUGGGACAACUGGCUUUUCAGCAGCUGAAGAACGGGAACCUGAUCUUCUAUGAGGAAGACCUGAGAGAGUGUGGCAUUGAUGUGACAGAAGCCGCAGUGUACUCAGGUGUGUGUACACAGAUCUUCAGAGAGGAGUUUGGACUUCACCAGAGUAAAGUGUACUGCUUUGUUCAUCUGAGUAUUCAGGAGCACCUUGCAGCUUUGUAUGUGUUCCUGACCUUCAUGAAGAAGAAGAGAAAUGUUCUUGGUCAGUAUAAAGGCUUUAAAUCGCUGAUUAGAUUAAAUAAAAUCUCAGAUGUACAUACAAGUGCUAUCGAUCAGGCUUUAGAAAGUCAGACUGGACAUCUGGAUCUCUUCCUUCGCUUUCUUCUGGGUCUCUCACUGGAGUCCAAUCAGAAACUCUUACAUGCUUUAGUAACACAGACAGGAAGUAGCUCCCAGAGCAUAGAGGAAACAGUUCAGUACAUUAAGAAGAAGAUCAGUGAAGAUCUUCCUACAGAGAAAUCCAUCAAUCUGUUCCACUGUCUGAAUGAACUGGGUGAUAAUUCUCUAGUGGAGGAAAUCCAGCACUACCUGAAAUCUGGAAAACAAAGUGAACUCUCUUCUUCACAGUGGUCUGCUCUGGUGUUUGUGUUACUGACCUCAGCACAGGAGCUGGAAGAGUUUGACCUGAGUAAAUAUUUCAGUACAGAUAAGAUAACAGAAACUGUUGUUCUGAAGAUGAUGCCUGUGAUCACAGCCUCCAGAAAAGCAAUUAUCAGGUGUGAUUCACUUGGAGAGAAAAGUUGGUCAGCUCUGGACUCAGCGCUCAGAUCAGAAACCUCCAGUCUGAGAGAACUGCAUCUGACUGUGAAAACACUGGAUCUGUCCUGGAAUAAUCUAGGAGACUCAGGAGUGAAGAGUCUCUCUGCUGGACUGGAGAAUCCUCACUGUAAAGUGGAGACACUGAGGUUGUAUAAGUGUGGUAUCUCAGAUGAAGGCUGUGCUGCUCUGACUUCAGCUCUGAGAUCAAACCCCUCACACCUGAGAAACCUGAAUCUGUCUGAGAAUAAACUAUCAGACUCAGGAGUGAAGAGUCUCUCUGCUGUACUGGAGAAUCCUCACUGUAAACUGGAGAUACUGGGGUUGAGUGAGUGUGGUAUCUCAGAUGAAGGCUCUGCUGCUCUGACUUCAGCUCUGAGAUCAAACCCCUCACACCUGAGAGACCUGGAUCUGUCUGAUAAUAAUCUAGGAGCCUCAGGAGUGAAGAGUCUCUCUGCUGUACUGGAGAAUCCUCACUGUAAACUGGAGAAACUGUGGUUGUGUGAGUGUGGUAUCUCAGAUGAAGGCUGUGCUGCUCUGACUUCAGCUCUAAGAUCAAACCCCUCACACCUGAGUGUACUGAAUCUGUCUGAUAAUAAUCUAGGAGACUCAGGAGUGAAGAGUCUCUCUGCUGUACUGGAGAAUCCUUACUGUAAACUGGAGAAACUGUGGUUGUAUAAGUGUGGUAUCUCAGAUGAAGGCUGUGCUGCUCUGACUUCAGCUCUGAGAUCAAACCCCUCACACCUGAGAGACCUGCAUCUGUCCAGGAAUAAUCUAUCAGACUCAGGAAAGAAGCUGCUCUCUGCUCUUAAGGAUGAUGAACAUUACAAACUACAGACACUGAUGAUGGAAUGAAUAUCUGUGUGUGAUGAAGACUCCAGUGUUCCUGCAUGUUGGGGAAUAGAGAAGAUGUUUAGAAACACAUCAGUCAUUUCGUUCAGUCUUUUGUUUUGUAAAAUUAAAAUUCUAACAUUUUGUAGUAAAAUAAUUUUUGUUCUCCAAAAUAUAUAAACUAUAUAAAUAUAAAUCUUCAAAGAUAAAUGCAUUAAUAACACAAUAUAUUGUUAGAGAAGUUAUUUGUGAAGAGAAACAUGUUUUUUUUAAUAAAUAAAAAUAAAUCACUCCAGCAUGCAGGGUUGUCAUCAUAACCCAACCUCACUGAGAUGAAACAACUCAGUCUGGAUCAGUCCACAUUGUACCCAGUGCUGGAUUUCAGAAUUGACCAUAACUGGGCAUAACUUGGUUAUGUUUAUCUCAGUAAUUUUAGACUGCAACUUUAUGAGGAGACUUUUCCUGGGAAUGAGUGAAUAUGAGCACAAACUCCUUCUUUCUGUUGUGUAUCAAUCUGUCUUUUUACCUGCUUCCCUCUUUCAUCUGUUUUAGUCAUGUCAGUAGUGGAAUCAUUUACAUGUCUACAUUAAACUACCAAAAAACUAUCAACUACCAAUCUGACCUGUCCGUGUUGUAAUGAAUCUAAAAAAUCCUUUCUUCUUGGUAGACUUGCACACAGUUUUUUGAAGGAACUCGGCAGGUAGGUUAUUCCAAACAUCUUGGAGAACUAAUCACAGAUCUUCUGUGGAUGUAGGCUGCUUCAAAUCCUUAUGUCUCUUCAUGUAAUCUCAGACAGACUGGAUAAUGUUGUAACGUCUGGGACCCCCGCCCUAUGCGGGGCUCGACCCCAGACGCCCGUGGUGUGUGUGCGCACGCCAGCACACGGUGUAAUGAGACCCAUGCGCAGGAUUCAGCGAAGCACUGCUUUUAUUACAUUUAAGACGCGACAUAGGGAAACAAACGUAACACUAGACAUGGCGUGGAUAACUAAACAAAACAAAACGAAAACAAAACCUAGACCUUAGCUUGGACAUGGAACUUAACCAACAAAACCCCAACAGAAACCACGGUACAGAUAACAAUCAUGGACAAUGACACAAACACAAGGAUCCCUAUUUAUAGGGGUAGACAUUAGGGCUAAUGGGAUACAGGUGACAAUCAGGAUAGGAACAAUAGGAAGGGCGUAACAAAAGACACACAAAGAAGCAGGCUUCCAAGGUUCACCUGCCAGCGCCCUCUCUGGGCCUGGCAGGGAACUGUCCAGCUGUUCCUGACAGAUGUUGAGAUCAGGACUCUGUGGGGGACAAACCAUCACUUCCAGGACUCCAUGUUCUUCUCUAUGCUGGAGAUAGUUCUUUAUAACAUUGGCUGUAUGUUUGGGGUCAUUGUCCUGCUGCAGAAUAAAUUAGGGGCCAAUCAGACUCCUCCCUGAUGGUGUUGCAUGAUGGAUAAGUAUCUGCCUGGAUUUCACAGCAUGGAGGACACCAUUAAUCCCGACCAAAUCUCUUGCGUCUGCAGUCUUCAACAUCACUCGUUUCUUUGUGCUUCUUCAAAAUAUCUUGAACAGCACAUCCUGAAACCCCAGUCUGCUCUGAAAUCUGUGCCUGGGAGAGACCUUGCUGAUUCCUUGUGUCUUGUUCCUGUGCUCAAUCUUGCCAUGGUGUAUGACCUGUGACAUGAAACUGACUUCAAUAAUCACACCAAAUAUUGAUUUGAUUUUGAUUGUUCUUCUGUGCUCUCAUUUAGCAUUUUGUAAAUUAAUAAAAAAUAAUCAAUUAAAAUAAAUAUUUUAGAAAGCAUUUUUACUUUACACCAUUUCUUUAUACCUGUCUAAAGAUUUUGCACAG